AGUACAAUUUGAAUCAGGACAAGUUCUUGAUGAUCAGUUGGAAGACAAAACCAUGUGAUCCUUCAUAUGACUGUCUCUCACUAAUAUACACCCAAAUUCCUCACAACUGACACCACUCACAUUUUAGAGUUUUCCCACACACGUUUUCAUCUAUAAAUACACACAAAGCUUAUUCCAUAGCCAAAUCAGGUCCUCUUAUUCCCCACCAGCAAAUAUUUACCUGCAUUUUUUCCUCCCAACUCAUUUGUGAGCUUCAACCUUUUCCUAAGUGUUAAUAUAUAAAUGGCUAUCCGAGUUCCUGCCAUCAUGCAAGUUAAGCAGAUUCUCCGCAGGUCUGUUCUGAGUAGUAAAGAAGCAGCUUUUACGGCCAAGAAAGUUCCAAAAGGUUACUUUGCAGUCUAUGUUGGAAAGGAACAGAAGAAGCGAUUUAUUCUACCUAUAUCAUACCUGAAUGAGCCUUCAUUCCAGAAGUUGCUUAGUAAAGUUGAGGACGAAUUUGGAUUUGAUCAUCCAAUGGGUGGUCUAACAAUUCCCUAUGGAGAAGAUGUCUUCAUGGAUCUCACUUCUCGCUUAAAUGGAUCAUGAUUCAUUACGCUGAGAUCAAUCAGCAGGACAGAUUUAUGGAUUCACACACAUUUAUGCCUCCUUUCAGAGAAGAAUUAGAUGGCAUGCAUGUUUAAACCCACUUGAGAACAGCACUGCUGUAUCUUAAGAAUAUAUCAACUUGCCAUGGACUAUUCAGCCAAGCAGAAGCAGAUGUGGAUGGCUCAACUUGGAAACACACAAAGGAGGUGCUUCAUGGUUCCAACUUCAUCCAAUGGGUGGUUCUCACAGAACCUCAUGCAGAGAAUCCUUCAGUGAUCAACUUGUGUUUUGGAUACCUCAGGAGAGAAAUGAAAGACAUGAUACUGAGUAUUGAAAACAUAAACUUUUCAACAUUCUUAACCCAAAAAUCUGUCUGUUCAAUUUUGAAGAGUAUUAGAUUAUUUCAUAACUCAUUGUAAAAUUCCUUUU